UACUGUUUGUCACAAGGUUUAUUCAUAUUCAAUUAUGCAAGCUUGAUUGAAUUUUUUAACUUAUAUUUUAGUAAUUUUACUUAAUCGUUUAUUCAAAGAAGAUUAAAAUCACAUAUAGUUAACAAAAAUAAUUAUAUUUGAUAAUUGUAUACAUAGUUUUUUUUUUCAUUUUAUUAAAUUAUGAUUAACACUCCGUGCGAGCAACAGGUAGAUGAACCAGUAGAUCAUCCGAAAAUACUAUCGACCUUCAAUAACCGAAAUUCGACGUAUACGUCCGGAAUAAUCGAAAACGGUCUAAUAGAAAUCGAUAAAAGAAAUGAAAUAUUUGACGUUCCACAACAAACAGAUAACGUAUAUGUACAUUUAUCAAGUAAACCUAUUAGCCAAAUGCUAGAAAACUGGAACCAUGAAGACCGAACAAUGUAUCAACAAAAUCUUACAAAAUCCGAACUAAGGUAUCCAGAUUGUUGUGGUAGGUCCACGCGGUAUUUCACUGAUCAUUACCAUCCACAUUCGCCAACCAAUUUCAGAAGUCUGACCACAAGAAACUUAUACUACGAUUAUUACGAUCCACCAAUGGUGACGCACAAAAAAGAUCUAGAGUCCAAGUAUUACGGACAGGAUGCGAACGGAAACGCCACUAGAUAUUCGACACAAGGUGGCUCGCCAUUGUUUUUUAGCAAGUCCGACGUAUUUAACUAUCACUCGACGCAUAUGCACAUACAACCACCACCUCCACCACUGCUGAUCAACAAAGACAACGGACAUCAGGAUGGCGGAGGAGUCUCGGAAUCAUCGGUCGCGUCCUCGGGACACGAAAUGAGCAGUGGUGAAGGAUACGCUGGAAGCACCGUUCCACCACAGCCCCAACGACGGGGUGCGUUACAGUUAUGGCAGUUUCUGGUCACGUUGCUGGAGGACCCGAACAACGCAUCGUGCAUCAUGUGGACCGGAAGGGGAAUGGAGUUUAAACUAGUCGAACCGGAAGAGGUGGCUAGGAGAUGGGGUUUGCAGAAGAACAGACCAGCCAUGAACUACGACAAAUUGAGCCGGUCACUCAGAUAUUACUACGAGAAGGGUAUAAUGCAGAAAGUAGCUGGCGAACGGUACGUUUACAAAUUUGUUUGCGACCCCGAGGCGCUGUUCAACAUGGCGGCCACCUACGAUUACGCAGCCGUCUCCGACACGUCCGGAGGGCCCAACGGAACCUCCGCCGCGGCCGCCGGUUCUGCUCCUGCCCCGAAUGUGGCUCAUAACCACCAUCAUCACCACCACCAUCAUCACCAGCAACUGGCCACCAGGUACGCAGCAGCGGCCGCUGCUGCUGCGGCUGCUGCCGCCGCGGCCGCAGCUGCGGCCAACAUGCACACGGGCGGCUCGGCUUACGGCGGAUCGUUACCACCACCGCCGCCGCCGCCGCCACCGCCACCGCCGCCACCGCCGCCGGCCGCAACCGGUGGCGCGAUCGACGAAGACGGCGGCUACGGGUGCAAUUACGGUGGUGAUAAUUCGAUCGUGACCGAGGUGACCACGGGAGUGGCGGCGGCCAGCGUGGUGACCACUACGUCUUCGUCCUUGUCGUCUUUGUCAUCCCUGUCGUCCGCGUCAUCCUCGUCGUCUUCAUCAUCGUCAGCGUCAUCGUCGUCGUCGUCGUCGUCCUCGUCGUCCUCGUCAUCCACAUCGCCGUCGGCCGAUCGUGGUAUUAAGGCCGAACAUACAAGAGACGACGAUGAUUGUAAGCCAGUGGCGUUGGCGGCCGGAAGACGACACCAACAUCACCAUCAACACCUCCAACACCACCACCAACAGCAAAGAGGAGAGUCCAUCAUCGACCUUCAACACAAUCACAAUCAUCAUCACCAAGAACACCACCACCAUCAACAACAACAACAACAACAACAACAACAACAACAACAACAACAACAACAACAACUACAACAACAACAGCAUCAACAGCAUCAGCAGCAGCAGCAGCAGCAACAACUGCAACAACAUCAACAUAGAAAUGAAAUGGGUGUCGAUCACCAACAUCACCACCAUCACCCGUCCGUGGUCUCUGCCGCCACUACACCAACCGAAGGGGGUUACUGGUCGGCCGGAGUCUUCGUCCGAUAGUAUUACCGUACAAUCGGCACAGCUUGUAGGUAUUCGCGUGUUUGCUUAUGCACAUAAUAUGUAUUUUUGUACAAACAUAGACUAUAUAUAUUUAUGUAUAUUUUCGUCGUGAGAUUAUUAACAGAAGUUAUGAAGUACUCGUGUCGAUUACCGAGUUAGGCGUAGAAGGAAAUAGCAAAAAUUACCGAGCGAGAAUGUAUUUUUUCUGUAUCUCGAGGAACAUAAAAAUUGUAACUAGUUUACGUUUUCCGAAAAAAAUAUUUUUUUUUUUUCAACUGAAACAAAAAAAAUAAGUAGAAGUAAAUAAAUCAAUCACUCAAUCAUCUGUACAGAAAAUGGUAGACAGUGAUAUAAGCGUAAACCUUAAAUAUGUCAAACAAACCAUAAAUAAACCACUUAUUUACAGGUUAAUUGUUCCAGGCGAUAAAACGAAUAUGUUUUGAAAAACAUAGUUAGUUAUACCAAGAUUAAAGUCGAUAAUGCUAUAAUUACCGUAACGAGUAUAAAAUAAUCGUUGCUACACGAAAUUUGAAACUGUCACGCAAACGAAGACAUUACACACAAUUUGUAUGAUCAUGUAGGUAGUAUAGGUAGUUUUACACGUGGUUUGUUACAGUAAUCGUGUCUCAUCCAGGGACGGAUUGACACAACAUUUAGGCCCCGACAAUUUGUUUAGAAUGACCCCGGCUUAGUUAAUUAAGAGGUCCAAAACGUUUGACUCUAUUUAACGUAUUAUUACCGAUACUUAAUAUUAGUGCUUACUGAAUAUGGAUAACAGCAUGGUCUGUAGAACCAUUAUUAAUCAAUAUAAAUAUAAUACUAAAGCAUAGGUCAAAUAAAAUAAACUAUUAAAAAAUUAAUAAUAUUGCACUUACUUAGUAUAAUAUAACAUGUACUAAAAUGUAAUAUUGUGUGCUACUAUUGUACUUAGUUCCUUGCAUUGAUCAGCAUUGUACCGUGUAAUUAUAAAGUAUACUUACAAUACUAUUUAUUCGACUAUAGUCAGCUAUUCAACAAACAAUUAAUUCAAUGUUAGAAAUUUAGUGAACAUUUCAGAAAAUUGGGUUGGUUAGAAAAUGUAAAAUAUAAAUUUUCCUCAUGAAUCGUAGUUCGAUCUCCUUGCAAUGAUGAAUGAUAUAUAUUUAUGUAUAAUAUGUAUUUGUAUUUUAUAAACAAAAAAAUAUUUACGAAUACACCCGAAGCGUUAAAAAGGAUUCUCAAGAUCCCGCGUACUCCCGGCAAUGAUGGAUACUGACAUCAGUACUCACAGGAUGAAGGAAAUUCUACUUAUCUUGGUAUCUUCAUAAUGUUUUCCGCCGUAAAAAAAAAAAAAGUAGAAAAAUAUUGCAAGUGAAAUGGUAUUAUGACCAGUCAGUAGUCUGUAUCAUGGACCGUGUCGUAGCCAGAAAUUAUUUUUUUUGUGAGAGAGGGGGGUUAAAUUUUCUAUAUAAGUACUACAUUGUUUGUUUUAAUAAGUCGAUUAAACAAAUGUUAAAAAAUAUAAAAUGUGUUGUUAUCUAGUUUAUUGAAACUGUGAAUACUGUUUAAUGAUCACAUAACAACUACGUCUUAAAACUAUUGUGUAUUUUACAAAAUAAGAAAGACAUUUCGUGAGGAGGGGGUUUAUAACCCACUAACCGCCUCUGACUACGCCUCUGAUCGUGGACACGUAUCACAUUGAUAUUACUGCAGACAUUACUACACGCUUGCGCAUUUACAUUACAUCCGAAAAUGAUAUUUUUUUUGAAUUGCGCCACGCGUUGAUGCUUAGCAAAGGGUUCGAAGUGCGUGCGCGGUUUGCUAACAACAGGUGUACCCGAUAACUAGAGCUAGGAUUUUAAUGACCUAAAAAAUACACAAAAACGCACUAAAAAAAAAUGCAAAAAUGAC